AUGUUUAAGAAAAACAGAGAACUCUCCAUGCACGUUAAGGAUGUCAUUGAGCGCAACGACCAGGCUGGUAUACGACCUUCGAAGACUUUUCAGGCGCUUGCUGAUGAAGCUGGUGGUCGUUCUAAUCUGAAAUUUCUUGAGAAGGAUGUUAGAAAUUAUAUAUCUGGUAAACUCCGAAUCAAUGGAGAUGAUACUGAUGCGCAAGAGAUGCUGGACUAUUUUACCAGGAUGAAAGAGCAGAACCCAAAUUUCUUCUACGACAUUUGUCUCUAUAGUGACAAUAGUCUCAAGCAUGCAUUUUGGGCGGAUGCUCGAUCAAGAGCUGCUUACGAGUAUUUUGGUGACGUGGUGUCAUUUGACACCACAUACAAACUCAACAAAUAUGAGAUGCCAGUUGCAGCAUUUGUGGGUGUUAAUCACCACGGAAGGUCAUGUCUUUUCGGGUGUGCUUUAUUGGGCAACGAAGAGACUGAGUCCUUUGAAUGGCUCAUGCAAACAUUUAUAAAAUGUAUGGGAAAAACACCAGAUGGAAUCUUAACUGACCAAUGCGGAGCCAUGGCAACAGCCAUUCGAAAUGUCAUGCCAAACACUAGGCAUAGAUUGUGCAUUUGGCACAUCACGAGGAAGAUACCCCAUAAACUUGGAAAGUUGAGCCGAUAUGAGGAAAUUAAAGCUACAAUGCAUGGGAUUAUUUGGGAGUCUCAUUCGCGAGAAUCGUUUGAAAGUUCAUGGUAUGACUUCAUUGAAGAGUAUACCCUUCAUGACAACAACUGGCUUAACGGUAUGAAUGCACAUCCAAAACUUGAUUGGUCUGUUUAUUUGUCGUUUUAA